AUGCAGAAAUGCAUUUCGAAACAUCAAAUCUUACUUGAUGCAGCCUCUCCUGUGCUUGUAUCACCUGUGCUAGGACGCCCCUUGAUUUUGUAUAUUGCUGCUCAAAAACGAUCCAUGGGAGCUUUGCUUGCGCAAGAGAAUGAAAAUGGAAAAGAUAAUACAUUAUACUACUUGAGCAGAACAAUGACGCCGAAUGAGUUGAAGUAUGCUCCAAUUGAAAAGUUGUGCUUGGCACUGAUUUUCUCCAUCCAGAAGCUUAAGCAUUAUUUUCAGGCUUAUACAGUCCGCCUUAUAUCUAAGGCAAACCCUUUAAAAUUUGUAAUGUCAAGACAUGUUCUAUCCGACAGACUUGCACGGUGGUACCUUCAACUUCAACAAUUUGAGAUCGUGUAUGUUCCCCAAAAAACUGUGAAGGGACAAGUGUUGGCUGACUUCUUAGCAGAUCACCCGAUUCCCGCUGAGUGUGAGCUAAGUGAAGACCUCCCGGACGAAGAUGCGCUUGCAAUCGAUAUUGCCCUACCCUGGUGGAUGUUUUUCGAUGGAGCAUCUCAUAGAGAAGGAGCUGGUGCUGGGGUCGUGUUUGUAUCACCAGAACGUCAAGUGUUGCCAUAUUCCUUCACCCUAACUGAGAAUUGCUCGAACAAUGUAGCAGAAUAUCAAGCUUUGAUCCUCGGUUUGGAAAUGGCGUUGGAUAUGCAACAAUCCCACCUCAAAGUAUAUGAUGAUUCCAAAUUGGUGGUUAAUCAAAUACUUGGAUUGUAUGAAGUGAAGAAACCAGAGUUAUUGCCAUAUGUCAAGUAUGCUCGUAAGAUCAUUAAGUGGCUUGGAAAUGUGGAGAUUGAACAUAUUUUAAUAAAUGAAAACAAACAAGCAGAUGCCCUGGCUAAACUCGCAUCUACUAUAGCUAUGAUCAGCGGCGAAACCCAUAUAUCGGUAUGUGAAAGGUGGGUCAUACCACCCAUUUUUGAAGAGGAGAAAUGCGAAGAAAUUGAAAGCCAUCUUGUUGAAGUCUUCGAAAUUGAGGAAGAAGAUAGACGCCAACUGUUGGUCGAUUAUCUGAAAUAUGAUAAAUUACCAAAUGAUCCACGUCGAAGGGUUGACAUCCGGCGACGCGCCACUCGCUUCAUUUUCUUCAAAGGGACACUUUAUAUAAGGUCUUUUGAUAGAGUAUUUCUGAGGUGCUUAAGUAAUGAGAAAGCUGCCAAAGCCAUGGAAGAGGCGCAUUCUGGCAUCUGCGGUGCUCAUCAAUCAGGUUCAAAUCUACACUUCCGAAUCAAGAGAAUGGGUUACUAUUGGCCUACUAUAGUGAAGGAUUGUUUAGAUACGUGCAAAGAUGUCAAGCCUGCCAAUUCCACGCGAAUCUAA